CGGGCCUGGGAUCGAACCACCAACCUUCUGAUUUAGGACGACGUUCUCCCCACUCACCCACAGUGUUCACGGGACCAUUUCUAGGAAGUCUAAGAAGGGUUUUUCUAAAAGAAUAUGUAUAGAGAAGGACAGUCUGCAGAGUGUGAGCUACAUUCCAGAAAAAGACCUGAUGGGUGAGCAAUUUGGCAGGCGCCGCGAGGUAAUGAGAACAGCUGACAGAGACGAGAUCCGGUGUUAGUGGGACUGUACUGGUAGAAGGCAGUGGACGAGACGAGAUCGAGGUCCCUAAAAGACAGCGUUUUUUUUCACCAGGGUAUUUUCCCAAUAUCCCUGGGUAUUUUCCAAAUGUACCAGCUUUAUCUCAACUACCUGACCCACAGGAUAACCUUAUCAACUGCAAGCACCAAAUGAGAGAAUUGCUGAGCUCCUUUAAAUUUUCCUUUCCUCUCAUUAAGGUUUUGGGUCAACUUUUAAUUUAAUUAUUAUUGUUUUCUAUGCGCACAUUACCAGCAGGUUUUGUCUUCCACUUUUACCUCCUGCAGAUCAAAAUGGAAUAAAACAAAUACAUAAGGGAAAGAUUAAAAGAACACAGUGAGAGGAUUAAAGUUUGAUAAUUGAACAUGAACCCUCAAAGUAUCAGGGCUGAGAAAAACUUUGAUAGGUUCAUGUUGAAGUGAGGAUCCAAGGUCUCAUCCUCAUUCCGUCAGACUUUAAAGAAAAGGAGAUGACUAAACCCCCCAUGGACCACCAUCGCGUCCAGAUUUGAUUAUAUGAAAUAAGUUAGCAAUCCACAUUGCAAAUGUUGUGUAGCCCAACCCUCCAAUGCAUCUAAGGAGAGUAUAAAGAUCAGCAGAGGUUCUUGUCUUCAGUUGGGAGGGUCGCAGCAACGGACCAGAAGCUUUCAUACUUGGUAGAUACCUGGAGCCUUCAGUGUAAGAUGUGACUUCACGUUUAUAUAUUGUUUGCUAAUCGUUGUGUGAAUACUGAUAUCUACAUGCUCAUAUGUUUUCACGGGUGACUGAGAUGACAGGUAUCUGUAUCAUUUCUGAGCUACAGAGACAAUGUUAUAGACCAGAAUCCAUUUGGCUUUGUUACUUUGACCAGUGUGGUGGAACACAGUUUUGAUGCAGAGAUCAUUGUUUAGGUUUAUCUCAGUUGUUGAUGAAAAUAACUUUGAUCAAAGUUCAAAACAAUGAGACUAUUUUGUGAUUGUUUAUUUCUGUGCGCUCGAAUGUAACUGACAAGAAAAGCUCCUUGAUGUGUUUGCCUGCCUCACAUUACGAUUAUAAGAACAUUUAAAUGCAGGUAGAAUAUUGAGUUGAGGCAUUAUAGAAAAGGAUAACAGACACUUUUACUGAGCCAGCGUUGCUGCUACAUCCUCUAUGACUCACUUUGUUGCACGCAUAGUGCUCAUCAAAGAAAUGGAGAACUCCACUGAGGUUGUGUCUUUUGUGCUGUCUGCUUAUGGUGAUAUUGGAAAUUUAAAAUAUCUCUAUUUCAGCAUAAUACUAUUAUGGUACAUCUUCAUUUGUACGACCAACACAAUUCUUAUUGUGGUCAUAUAUAUGGACAGAGGAUUGCAUGAGCCGAUGUAUUUAUUAUUAUGUCAUUUGUUUAUGAAUGAAAUAAGUACAAGUAUGUCACUAUAUCCUCUCCUGCUCUCACAGAUGUUUUCAGAUACACAUGAAGUGAUAUUGCCGUGGUGUUUUCUGCAGAUGUUUUGUUUCUUCAUAUUUAGCUGUGUUGAGUUAUGCAGUUUAACAGCUAUGGCCUAUGACAGAUAUGUCUGUAUCUGUUAUCCUUUACAAUACAAUGUUUUGAUGAGCAACAAGAGAGUAGGUAAGAUCAUUCUGCUUGUUUGGAUUUAUUCAUUUACUAGCUAUAUGUUCUCAUUUUCAUUUGUCAUCCCUUUGACAUUUUGUGGAAAUGUCAUUGACAAAGUGUUUUGUGACCAACAGUUUGUAGUUAAACUUGCAUGUUCAGUCCCAGCACUUACCAGCAUAUCUGACCUGUUGUUUGGCUUCAUGAGUUUGAUUCUCCCAUUUAGUCUCAUUUCAUUCUCUUACAUGAAGAUUUUGUGGGUUUGUCUAAUUGUGUCAAAAGAAAGCAAACAAAAAGUCAUAACAACCUGCACACCUCAGAUUGUAUCAUUGUCAAACAUUUUUGUUGGCGCCACUUUUCAUUUUGUAGGAUCCAGGCUGGAUGUUGUCUUUUUACCAGAUAAAGUGCGCAUUGUUUUAUCCAUAUAUCUCCAUAUACUUCAACCGAUAAUCACCCCCUUCAUGUAUGGAAUUUACCUGCCCAAAAUAAGACAAUCGUGUAAAAGACUUCUGUUUGGUAGAAAGUAAACGUUGGACAUUUUA